AUGCAAGAUCAUUAUUUAACUCAACAACAUCAACAUGCGGUACUUAAUGUUGUUCGACGAAUGAAAACACAAUUUGACGAUAGGCAGAUGGAUAUUGAUCUUCCUCGAACGACGACUGACGAAGCGUGCAAUCCUGCUAAAUCUCAGAUAGAAGAGCUUUAUGACAUGCUCAAUAUCUUAGUAGGUGGUGUUGAAACAUUGACUAAUGAUGAACAACGUCUAACCAAUGAAUCACUUGAAAUACAAACAAUACUUCCAACAUUAACAGACGAAUUAUCGAAAGUUAAACUAUCUGUAGAAGAAUCAAAUGGUUUUUUGGAAGCAGUCAAACAUAAUCACGCAAUUCUUAACCAAGAUCUGUUAUCCUUACAGGAGCAAGUCAAUGAUUUGCAAUGUGUUUCGUAUGAUGGCGCAUUUGUUUGGAAGAUAACAAGUUUUCUAGAGAAAAUGAUUGAUGCACAGUCUGAAAGACAAACAUCAUUUUAUUCACCGCCGUUUUAUUCAUCUCCAACUGGAUAUAAAAUGAGAGCUCGUCUUUAUUUAAAUGGUGAUGGGAAUGCUCGUCGUACACAUAUGUCACUUUUUUUUGUACUCAUGCGAGGCUUGAAUAAUCCAAUUCUCAAAUUUCCAUUCAACUAUAAAGUUACAUUUUGUUUAUACGAUCAAACUUCUCAACAACGACAUAUUAUCGAUUCAUUUCGGCCAGACAUUAGAUCAAGCAGUUUUCAACGACCUCGAUCUGAUAUGAAUAUUGCCAGCGGCAUACCGAAGUUUUUUCCAUUGGAAAUAAUUCAACAGGAAGGAAAUCCCUAUGUAAGAGAUGAUACAAUGUUUAUCAAAAUUAUGGUUGACUUUGGAGAACUACCUAAAACAUUGUUACCUUAUGCUUUGAGUCUUAAUCCAGGUUUACCAGCAUAUAUUCAACAAGCAAUGAUCAAACAAGAAGCUGAACAAAGAUCUCAACAAUCUUCUAGAGAGGCACCAUUAAUACCUCAAGGAUAA